CCGCCCGGGAGUCCGGCCAACGGUCCCGGAGACUGCGGUGGCGCUCGAGCCGCUGCCGCCGCUGCCACCGCUCGCCAUGGGCCCGGGUCCCCGGCUGCUGCUACCUCUCGCGCUCUGCGUGGGGCUCGGCGCGCUCGUGCCUUCUGCGGGGGCCUCGCGCGUCGGCAGGCGAGGCCCCUCGGUGACGGCCAAGGUCUUCUUUGAUGUGAGGAUCGGAGACAAAGAUGUUGGCAGAAUUGUGAUUGGCCUCUUUGGAAAGGUUGUGCCCAAGACUGUGGAAAAUUUUGUCGCUCUGGCCACAGGCGAGAAAGGCUACGGAUAUAAAGGAAGCACAUUUCAUCGCGUCAUCAAAGAUUUCAUGAUUCAAGGAGGAGACAUCACCAGUGGGGACGGCACCGGCGGUAUAAGCAUUUAUGGUGAGACAUUUCCAGAUGAGAACUUCAAACUGAAGCAUUAUGGCAUCGGGUGGGUCAGCAUGGCCAACGCUGGGCCUGAUACCAAUGGCUCUCAGUUCUUCAUCACCUUGACCAAGCCCACCUGGUUGGACGGCAAACAUGUGGUAUUUGGAAAAGUCCUUGAUGGAAUGACAGUGGUCCACUCCAUAGAACUGCAGCCAACUGAUGGGCACGACCGUCCACUCACCGACUGCACCAUCGUCAGCAGUGGCAAGGUAGACGUGAAGACACCCUUCGUGGUCGAGGUCCCUGACUGGUGAUACAACGGGCAGAAAACAAAGAACACACUCUGGCAGGGAUGCGUGUGUGUGGAAGUUCAGAACAUCAGCCACUCAGUGUUUACUUUGCAUGAACUGCAGUAAAUCACUUGCCUUGGGACUUUGCACUUAGAAGACAUAUCCUCUUUCUCCAAUGGUGCUAUUUUUAAACUAGAAGACUUUGGAUGAUCUCUUUUCUUUCUAUGAGCACAAUCAUUAUUCUGCUGAAUUAAAUGUGAUCCUCAGGUUGAGGGAUGCUGAAGAUUUGUCUGAAGAAGAUGGGGACAUGAAGUUUGUUAUUUUAUAUUCAAACAAAUUCUCUGCAGGUAAAGAGAGAUGUGACUAGUGCAAUCAGAUAUAUGUCAUCGGGACUUUUACCUGGUGGAAGGUGCUUCUGUGUUCUCUAUAUUAAAUGCUUUUUAUAUAGGUCAA